AUGGCGCAACCUGAAUUUCUCAGAAAUGACGACGAUUACCCCAACGAUCUACGCGACGCCGCAUUCUUCCGCCGCGGAUGCUGCUUCUUCAGCUUCCCGUGCUUCAGAUCGCGGCGGUUCGAGCGGAUCCCGCCGUCUUCAGGAGAGAGCGAGGUGAUUAGCCGGAACUGGUGGGGACAGGGCGUGGAGGCGCUGAAAAGCGUGCGCGAAUGGUCGGAGCUCGUCGCCGGUCCGAGAUGGAAGACUUUCAUCCGCCGGUUUAAUCAGACCGGCGGCCGGUCGAGGACUGCGAGAUGCCGGUACGAUCCCAUGAGCUAUUCGCUCAACUUCGAAACAGAAGGAUCCGCUCAUUUCCGAGACUUCUCGUCGCGUUAUUCGGCGAUUCCGGGGCAGAAACUCCCGAUCCACGGCGGCACGUGA